AAUAACAAUGGAAUUUAUAAUUUUUAUCAAUUGUUUUCUUUUCUCGCGUGCUUUACUUACUCUAUGCGCGUGCUUGUUAUGUAUUGUGAAUUAAUUACUAUAUAUUAUUGUAUAAACCAUGACAACACUUGAGUUGAAAGACAUUAAAGUAAUUCCUGAUGUAAUCCAUCCAUAUUCUGACUGUAUAAAAAAUUCUUCGACAGCUAUUGUGAUUGAUAAUGGAUCAUACCAGUCACGUGUUGGAUGGGCCUGUAAUGCCGAACCACUGCUCAUUUUCAAGAACCUCAUCGCAAAGCCAAGAAAGGAGCGAGGAAAGAAAGAGGGGGAGAACCAGGUUGGAAACGACAUCACGAACAUAGAAGCGGUGCGCUUCCAGUUGAAGUCGCAGUUCGACCGCAACGUGGUGACCCACUUCGAGGCCCAGGAGCAGGUGUUCGACUACACGUUCACGCACCUGGGCAUCGACACGGAGGGGAGCGUCAACCACCCGAUACUGAUCACCGAGGCCUUCCUCAACCCCAACUACUCACGGCAGCUGAUGUCGGAGCUGCUGUUCGAGUGCUACGGGGUGCCCGGCCUGGCCUACGGGGUGGACGCCCUGUUCAGCCACCGCCUGGGAGCCCCCGAGGGCGCCACGGGGCUGGUGGUGAGCUGCGGCCACCACGCCACCCACGUGCUGCCCGUGGUGGGGGGGCGGGCGGACCCGGGGGGAGCCCGGCGCGUCAACGUGGGCGGGGCCCACGUGGCGGGCUACCUGCACCGCCUGCUGCAGCUCAAGUACCCGGCCCACUUCAACGCCAUCACGCUCAGCCGCGCCGAGCUGCUGGUGCACGAGCAGUGCUACGUGGCGGAGGACUACCAGCAGGAGCUGCGGCGCUGGGGGGACCCCGACCACUACGAGCGGCACGUGAGGCGCAUCCAGCUGCCCUGGGCGGCCCCCGCGCCCGCGCCGGGCCUCGCCCCCGAGCAGCAGCGCGAGCGCCGGCGCGAGCUGGCGCGCCGCCUCGUCGAGAUCAACGCCCGCAAGCGCGAGGAGAGGCUGGCGGAAGACGAGGAGCAGCUGAACCAGUUGUUGGCCGCCCAGGACCUGCUCGAGGAAGGAGAAGAGGAAGAGUUUCAGAACAUCCUCGACUCGUAUGAGCUAUCCAGCAUAGCUGACUUGCAGAAGCUGAUCACUACGCUGCAGGCCAGGAUCGAGCGCACGAGACAGAAGAUAGUUGCUGCCAACACGGCAGACGAAUCCAUCACGGAGGAACCAAAAUCGAAGUCCGUCAAGCAAAUCUUGAAGCCAAAAGACCAAGAGGAUUUCGACCUGUGGAUAGAAAAUGUGAAACAAAAAAGACAAGACAUCCUGGACCGACGCAACGCCCGUCGCCAGAGGCGGCAGGACAUGGCCAAGCGCCACACGGCCGCCGCGCAGAUGAGGAUGAAGAUCAUCAGCCAGCUGGCCCGCAAGGAGAAGCGAGACGACAACUUCGGCAUGAGGGACGAGGACUGGGACGUGUACAAGGUCAUCAACAAGGAAGGAGGUGAUUCAGACAGCGACGACGAACAACGGCUGCUGGAACUAGAGGAGGUGUUGCGUCGCCACGACCCCGAGUUCGAAGGGACCGGCGGCGCGGGCGCCGGCACGAGCGCGGACACGGCAGAAACGCACCAGCUGCACGUGGGCAUAGAGCGGAUCCGGGCGCCGGAGAUCCUGUUCCAGCCGUCCAUGGUGGGCUCGGCGGAGGCGGGGAUCGCGGAGACGGUGGAGCACGUGCUGAGGCGCUACCCGCCCGAGACCCAGGCGCUGCUGGUAGCCAGCGUGUUCCUGACGGGGGGCUGCGCCACCCUCCCGGGUCUCGUCGCCAGGAUGACCAAGGAGCUGCGCGAGAUCCGCCCCUUCCGGUCCAGCUUCAAGGUCGUGACUGCCUCGAACCCGGUGCUAGACGCUUGGCACGGCGCUCGGGCGUUCGCGGCGUCGCAGCUAGACAGGUACCUGGUCACCAGGCAGGAGUACGACGAGAGAGGAGGGGAGUUCUUCAAAGAGCACCUGGCAUCCAACGCCUACGUCCCAUCGCCGACACCUUUACCUCUUCCCGAGACCGCUCCAGUUGCUGCGUGCGAAGACAUCGAAGUCGACAUUUUUUGAAUGUUUUCCAAACUUUUUUUUUUUUACUGGCUAAAAAAAUGAAAACCACCAACAAUAAAAAAUUUGUAAAAUA